AUGAGCCAAAUUGAAAACGCAGCCGGAAGGAGCAAGAUGGACGAAUUCGUCAAAAUUGAGAUACAGGAGAGCGAAGACGAUGUAGAGUAUAUCGGCGACGAGGAGGACGAAAUGGAGAGUAUUCAUACAGGCAUUCCACAGUCAGGCGCUUUCAGCUUUCCAGAGCAAGCUCCAGAAAGAGAACAGAGUAAUCAAGCAUAUUCUCCCGGCGAUGAAGAAAAAGGACUAUCAUUUACGCUGACGCCAAAUCUAGUUGCUUUCAUUCAAGCAUUAUUGCCCAAGAAUCAGGCUUUUGAUGUUAUUGCCAAGAUUAAAAACAACCUACAGGUCAACAACAACUCAGAUGGCGCUGGAAGCUCUGGUGAAAGUCCACAAUCGCCCGGUCCAUCCUCAGAAACUAACUCAACAUCGCCCCUCGAUCUUCAACGAAUGAGCCUGAGUCCAGCGCCGCGGCACAACAUUAGCGACGAGGAAAUCGACGAGAUGCGUCAGUUUUUAUCGGACAAUCCGAAUGUCACUUCUAGCGACGCGGCACUGCUCUUCAGCACGAAAUUUCGCAAGGACAUCACGCCAGAGCUCAUCGAUCACCUUCGCAACCGUCGCCAGCAGCAUCAGCAACAGUCAUCACCGCAAAUGCUUCCCUGGCAGCUGAACCAGCAAUCGCCAGAAACUAUCCAACGAUCCUCACCUCCAAACGCAUACGUCGAGGCUCAACGAAUCAGCGAAAUGAAAGCACUUCUUGAAGCUUCAAAUGGGCUCAAUCACAACUUUCUCGCCGCUCAGCAUCAGCAGCUUUCAGAUCAGUUUGUUGGGCGAACUGGAACGGGCCGUCAAAACCGACCGAUUGAACCUCUUCAAAAACGAAAGCCAUUCAUUCGACUCAGCUUUGGCGAAAAACACAUCAUCGCCAAAUUCAUCAAAGAGAAUCCAAACAAGACCUAUCCAGAGUACGCAAAGUACUUCACUGAAGCUUGGAACAGGACAGUCACAGCUCGGCAAAUCAUCACCACCAAAGAAAACCUGGAAAAGUGGCUCGACGAAGCGUACAAAGACUGUACCCAGACACACUACAAAUUUGUCGACGAGGGAUCAGCCCAGGACGGUCCAAUGGUCAUGAAAAGAAAACGAUCUCGAGUCAUGCUGACACCGGAGGAGCGAGAGGAGAUUUCAAACUUUCUGGCGGAUCAUGGCACGGAAAUGACAUUCAACCAGAUCGCCGAGCAUUUCGCCGCUCGAUGGGGCAAGGAUGUGAACAGAACGCACAUUGCUUCGAUCAUGCGUCUCCGAGAAAAACAGUCGGAUCAAACUCUUCAAUUCAACAAGCGCGCUCGAGUCGCCCAACACGCUACCCAUCUUUCUCUUCCAGCGCCUCCUGCUUUGUCCCAAUCUCUGCCAAUCAACCCACGCGCGAUGAUUUCGCCCCCGGCGCGUUCGAUGGCGCCGAUGUCGGGAUUGGACCUUUUCAAUAUGCUCCCACAGGAAAUCAACAAACAUGCUUCUCCCGAAAAAGGAAGCGGAACAAACUGCGAUCGUUGCCCCGCUCGAUUUGAUACCCGACAGGACCUCGUGGCGCACUACAUCUCUUCCCCCGACCACCUGCUCCCCAACGCCAGCCAAAUGGGCCCCGGCCAUGUUCUCCGCUCACCAGAAAGCGCCUCCAAGAUUGUAAAGAAUCCUCUGUCAGCGCCUAUUUUUCCCGAAAACAGAUUCGGCCAUUAA